AUGAACGGCCCCAAGAUCAAAGAUACUGACUUGCCCACCGGCAUUGAGGCCUUGCGACAAGCCGGCAUCGCCCAUAUCGGCGCAAUAACCACAGAGCCACAGUAUUCUGGGGCGCAAGCCACGCACAUCCUACAACCCCUCUCCCCUCCGCGGUACCACAAUGUCGAUACGCAUUAUUAUUCCAGCUUGUCGCCGAGCGACGCCGGACUUGAUCAACAGCAAAUACCGGGUCGAUUAGACUACUACAUGCAAAGCCCUGACCACGCAGCGGAGAUGGCAGCCAAGGAAGAGAGGCGCAAACGCAACACCGCCGCCAGUGCACGGUUUCGCAUGAAGAAGAAACAGAGGGAGCAGGCCUUGGAACGGAAGAUGAGCCAGGUUCAAGACAAGAAUGCGAAAUUAGAAGAGAAGGUCAAUCAGUUGGAAAUGGAGAAUAAAUGGCUAAAGGAUUUAAUCACGGAGAAGAACAAGAGACCUGUGGGCGAGUACGGAGAACAUGAAGAUGAUCUUGAGGCAUUGGCACAUGGGCGUAUUGUCAGCGGGGCGAGCGAGACUUGA